UCUAAAGAAGAAGUGAACGCGUGAACGAGUCCGUCUUGGAAGCACCUUUUCUCCGUAGCACGAAAUCUAGCCCCAUCCCCCUUUCUACCUACACUUUAUACCACAUCUCUGACCAGUGGAUGUAGUCACCGCACCGACCGACUUCUUGUCGCUACGAUCUCGCUCACGGCUCACCAUGCCGUCCCCCGCCUCCCGUGACCUACCCUUGGCCCUGCCCUUGGCCCUUGUGGUCACCGCCCUGCUCACGCCCGCCCUUGCUCUGAUCGACGACUUUCCCGUCGUCACCACCGACCAGGGCUCCUCCAUUCUCGGAAGGAAGCUGACGAGCGCCGGGCUCCGGAGCGGCUCCUUGCCCAGGGACUACGCGGCCUUCUUCGGGGUGCCGUACGCCAAGGCGCCAGUUGGAAACAGAAGAUUCAGGCCGCCAGUGCCCGAGCCUCUUCCGUCCGUGGUGGACGCUAAAAUGCCGACGCCCGGCUGCCUUCAACUCAACCGUCAACCCUCGGACAUCGUCGGAAGCGAGGACUGCCUCACUCUUCAGAUAUUCACGCCAAACUAUGAUCGCGCAGCCGGUCUGGACGUGAUUGUUCAUAUUCACGGCGGAGGCUUCAUGUUCGGCAAUGCGGCUCGAACGGGGCUGCAAUACCUCAUGGACUACGACGUGGUGGUCGUGACCGUUGGCUACCGCUUGGGUGUUCUAGGGUACCUGAGCUUUGAGGACGAGGAGCUACCUGGCAAUGUGGGCAUGCUGGACCAGGUCCAGGCCCUGCGUUGGGUGCAAGAGAACAUCGUUUACUUCGGUGGCAACAAGCAGAGCAUUACCCUGGCCGGCUUCUCAGCCGGUGCGGCAAGCGUCCUGAUGCACACGCUGUCGCCGCUGUCCAAGGGCCUGUUCCACAAGGCGGUGGCGAUGAGCGGCUCGCCACUCAACCCUUGGGCGGUGCAGCCCGCCGCUGCCGCCAAGGCCAAGCGCCUCGCCGAGAUGGUCGGCUGCACCGGGGCCGACACGGCCGCGCUCGUGAGCUGCCUCCAGGCGAGCAGCGCCACGGUGCUGGUAGCCCUGCAGAGUCAAUUCCAAGGCUGGCGUCAACACCCAGCCGUUCCAUUUGGUCCGGUUGUAGACAGUCAGCGCAAGACGCCGUUUCUGCCAUUGCACCCUGCGGACUUGCUGGACAAACAGACCUCCGCGGACGUGCCUCUUCUGCUAAGUGUGGCCAACGACGAUGGACUCUUUCCAGCUGCCGAGUUCAUCCUGGAGGACAGCCUGGUCCAAGAGCUGGACGACAGGUGGGCCGAGGUAGGCCCCAUGAUUCUGCACCUCCACGCUGACCGGGCGGACGAGAUUCCUUGUAUCAUGCAGAAUAUUAGGGAGCACUACUUACAAAAGGAGUCACUGAGACACAGCCGCAAGCAGCUCGUAAAGCUCAUCACGGACGGGUUCUUUUUCUCUGGAGUGAACGACUUCGCGCUGACCGCUGCGGCCACCUGGUCCUCCCCGGUCUACAUGUACAGAUUUAAAUACCGCGGCCAGUACAGUCUGACCGGUUUUCUCACCGGCGGCAACACGACGGAUCUCGGGGUCUGUCACGGGGACGACGACCAGUAUAUUUUUGAGGAAUCCUGGAGCGGUGUGAUGCAGACAGCGACUGAUCUGGAUAUGCGGAGGCAGCUCAUUGAACUUUGGGUCUCGUUCGCCAAAAAUUCAAUCCCUGUUCUGAGUGGUGGUAACUGGACACCCCUGUCCAAAGUCAGGAGCGAUGUUCUGCAAAUCCUAGAUGUUUACGGGCCAGGAAACGUAACUAUGGUCCACAUCAAAGACUUUGGACAGACCGCCUUUUGGAGUUCCCUUCAAUGCAAGACCAACGGGACGAACUCUGCACGGUCUGCAGCCUCCCUUCUACUGUUCAUCGCUGGCUUUAUCGUCCUGGUAUUCAAGACAGGUUGAGUGGAAAGAAAGAACGCUCAAUACAGAGCGAAGACCUAACCGCAAUCAAACCCCCGGAAAUGUUUAUCCCGUUAUUGUACACCCACUUUUGUAAGAUUAGAAUACUAUUUAUAUACCUUUCUCAACAACCACACUUAAACGGAAAUCAGCUGACUCUGACAUGCUGUAACAGUUAGACUUAGGUGCCUUCCUGGCCAUCAUAGAGUUUAAACUUUCAUUUACGUUACUUGAAGCACCAGCAGAAAAUUUAGUAGCAUUAUUAGCUAAUUUAUUAAAAACAUCUAUUAAAUCAUUUUUGAGGUUUGGGUCAGUGAAUCCACCUGGUAUUACUGAAUGGUCAUAAUUUUCAGGAUCUUUUUUAUAACCAAACCAGUUACCACAAAUAGUAUUAACAUUAAAGGCAUGUAGGGGUAUAGCCCUUAAUGCAACUCCCAUAGCAACACUAUCCCUUUCGUUCUGUGAUAAAGCAUAAGUGAAACACCUGUGGAGGUACCUGAUAGCAUCAGGAAACAAUUCACUGUGAGCCUUUUGCAUGCCAAAUAAAGUUUUACUUACUCCCCUUGCA